UGACCGUUUUCUUCGACUGGAGUUGUGCUCGACGUGAAUAACUUCGAAAAAGUACGUUUCCGUUUUCCACCUGUGAGCUGGCUGUGUCAGCUAAGGUUGGUCUAAAAUAAUUCAGACAUAACUGUUAGCUCGAAUAAAUCUGGUUCCCGCCUCUGUUCAUAUUUGUCCCCUGCGGGUUGCCGCCCUUCAAGGGAGCCCAAAGAAAUCUCUCAGGAGACGGAAAGGGGAGGAGAGAUUGAAGGGGAGGUGGAGUGACUGUGGCGACUGCAGCAGUAACGGCAAACAGGUUGGUAAAAGGACUCGAAACACCACUUAUCUGCUUUUCUACUCUUCCUUUGGAUUUAUUUACUCGGUUUUCCAAGGAAAACCUGGGAGGGAUUUCGGAAGUGUGACCUCAUUUUGAUCUCCAUUUCUCCACCAAUCACAAUGUCUGCUCCAGGUUAUUCAAGCCCUCCCAACCAGCCUCUUUUCCCACAACCCGGUGGCCAUGCUGCACCCCCUUAUCCGGUUCCAGCGGGGGGCUACGGAGACCCCAGCCAGGUCCCUCCACCAGGCUUUAACAUGGGCUACAACCCGGGGCCACCUCCGGUUAUGUAUCAACCGGGCCCUGCUCCUGGUCAAGGACAGGAGUAUGGUGGCAUGCCAAUGGGCAUCUCUCCGGCUCCAGUUGCUGUCGGGGUCCCGCCUGGGCUCGAGUAUCUAACACAGAUCGAUCAGAUCCUGAUCCAUCAAAAAGUUGAGCUCCUAGAAGCCUUCAUUGGAUUUGAAACAAACAAUCAAUAUGAGAUAAAAAACAGUCUGGGCCAGAAGAUCUACAAGGCCAAGGAGAAGAACGACUGCUGCACCAGGAACUGCUGCGGCUCUCUGCGCAGCUUCGACAUGAAGAUCAUCGACAACUUGGACAGGGAGGUCAUCCGUCUCAUCCGGCCUUUCCGAUGUGUCUCCUGCUGUUGUCCUUGCUGUCUGCAGGAGAUGGAGGUCCAGGCACCGCCGGGAACCACUGUAGGCUUCGUCAAACAGGACUGGCACCCUUUCCUGCCAAAGUUCUCCAUCCAGGGAGCAGACGGACAAACUCUGCUGAGACUGGAGGGGCCCUGCUUCGCCUGCAACUGCUGCGGGGACGUCAACUUUGAGCUCAAGGGGAAGGAUGGCGACCAAUCCAUUGGUCGGAUCAGCAAGCAGUGGAGCGGCCUUUUGAAGGAAGUCUUCACAGACACGGACAACUUCGGCAUUCAGUUCCCAAUGGACCUGGAUGUAAAGAUAAAGGCUGUGCUGAUGGGCGCCUGCUUCCUCAUCGACUUCAUGUUCUUCGAGAAAGUCGGAGAAGCUAACCAACGCAGCUCUGUGUUUUCAUAACUGGGGCAGAGAAAAGGAGUGCAAGAGUCCAGUCUUGUUAUCCAGCGUCUGCAUCUUUCUUUCUUACAUUCAUUCCCAGAAUUCAUUUAUUAAUGAGUUAAAAAAAUAAAAUCGGAGCUCUCUUGAUUAGAUUAUUUUUGGAAAUCUGAGCUGAUGUUAAUGUUUCCCACACUCCAAAUAUUUUUUACAUGUUCAUCCAGUUUGUGAUAAAAGGUAAAAAAUAAAGUGGGCCUCUUUUUUUAUUCAUGCUUUAACUAAGUGUUUGCAAACACUGAAUGUUCUUUCUGCUUCAAAGACAUUUCAGACCCCUGAAACGUCUGUGCUCUUUAUUGUUAUUGACAUUUUUAUAAUCUUGCUCACAAAGCGUUCAUAAUAGACGUAGUAUAAGUGCAAUAUCCUCGUGGAUGUAGAUGUUUUAAUAACUUUCUUUUUUAUGUCAUGGCAGCAAGCACCUGAAGACAUUGUCAUUUUAAAUUAGUUCACACCUGUGCUCUUCAAUUUUCAGAUCUGCACAUUUAGUUCAGUUAUGAUCCAUUAUUCGUAGAAUUACUAACAAUUUUUACUAAAGAACUUCGCUUUACCAGAUAUUCUGUAAAUACUUGUAAUACUUUGAUGUAGGACAUUAACAUUGUUUCACCUGCUUACUAUCAUAUUAUUAGGUUAGCUGCUGUUUAUAUUAAAGCAAUAUUCUGCUUGAGGGGCAUGGAUGUACACUUGUUGCUUUCACCAUUUAUCUGAAGCUAGAAUUCAAAUUUUGUGUAUCAUUUAACUUCAAAAGGAAGUGGGUUUUUUGCUGGUCUAAAAAAAAAAAUGUGUGAACCUGAGUUGCAUGCUAAUAGAUUUGACCAAAGUGAUGAUUUCCCCUGUUUUCACCACAGCUGUUUACAGGUUGUGGUGCCCAUGAUAAAACUGCAAUGACUGUAAAGUGAAUGAUAACAUGCUGUCUCAGCUGCUAAAGGUUUGCCAUGGAAACCCUCCAGGUUUCCCUGAGACCAGUGUAAACGCAUGACUUAAAAGUGAAAACAGAACCAUGAUGAAGGAAGCUAAGCUAAAAAAAAAAAAAAAGAGGUUGUAGUUUGUGAGCUCCGUGAUUAUAAUGACGUCCAG